GGUGGUGGUAGCUGUGGAGGUGGCUGUGCUUUUCCUGCUGGCUGCUCCUUCUGCCUUCUGCUGGGGGGGGGGCGAGUCCUGUGGCUUAAUUAAUUUCGUGUAGUUCUGUGAAGAGAAGAGAGGAGAGAGAGAGAGAGGAAAAAAAUGAGAUGAGUGAGAGGCGAGAGCUGGAGGCUUAGGACGGAUGCUCCGAGUGUGGGGACAAGAGUAGGGACAGAGAAGGGGGGCGGAGGGCUGAAGGCCAGGAGAGACCUUAGCCCGAGCCAGAGGGAGCGAGCGAGGGGUCAGAGGAGGGAGCGCUCGGAGCGAGCGGCCCCGACCUGAGCGGGUUGACCUCUUUCUUUCUCUGUCCCUCUGCUUCCUUUCCCCUCCUCUGUCUGACUGUCCCCCGCCCGAUGGCAAAGCCGUGCGGAUUGGCACCCCCCUCUUCCUCAGGUUCCUGAUGUGAGAGGGUAGCCCCUGACCAUGGAGGUGCUUCAGUGUGAUGGCUGUGACUUCCGGGCCCCGUCUUAUGAGGAUCUCAAGGCACACAUCCAGGAUGUCCAUACUGCGUUCUUGCAGCCCACGGAUGUUGGAGAGGACAAUGACGACGAGCCACCGUCUGGGUCCAUGAAUGCUGGCAACCAGACAGAGGUGGAGUUUUCUUCUAUAAAGGAUGAGUUUGUGAUUGCGGAAGAUUUAUCAGGUCAAAGUGCAGCUGCAUUGGGGAGCGGAAGUUACUAUGGCCACAGUCCAGGAUAUUACGGUCAGCAUAUUGCCCCUAAUCCCAAACCAACCAACAAAUUUUUUCAGUGCAAGUUCUGCGUACGCUACUUCAGGUCAAAAAAUCUCCUCAUAGAACAUACUAGAAAGGUCCAUGGAGCUCAAGCUGAAGGGAGUCCACCAGGACCUCCUGUGCCAGGAUCCUUAAAUUAUAAUAUCAUGAUGCACGAGGGAUUUGGAAAGGUCUUCUCUUGCCAGUUCUGUACGUACAAGUCGCCUCGGAGGGCGAGGAUCAUCAAGCAUCAGAAGAUGUACCACAAAAACAGUUUGAACAGUUUGAAGGAGACCGCGGCGCCACCACCUGCCCCUGCCCCACUGCCAGACCCCGUAGUCCCUCCCGUGUCCUUGCAGGACCCCUGCAAGGAACUCCCAGCGGAGGUUGUAGAGCGCAGCAUCUUAGAAUCCAUGGUUAAGCCUUUGACCAAGUCUCGCGGCAACUUCUGUUGUGAGUGGUGCAGCUACCAGACCCCCCGCCGAGAGCGCUGGUGCGACCACAUGAUGAAGAAACACCGCAGUAUGGUCAAGAUCCUUUCUAACGUCAGGGGCCAGCAAGAAGGGACGAAUGCGCCGGAAGUGCAGAAUAAUAAUGAACCCAGCCCCACGUCCACCUCCCCCUACCUGUCCAUGAAUGCCGCAAGCCGGGAGAUGCCCAACACUAAUGUCUCCAAUUUCAGGGGCUCCGUCGGCAACUCCAUCAUGAGACCCAAUUCUUCUUCAGCUUCCAAGUUUUCUUCUAUGUCUUACCCUCAGAUGAAGCCGAAGUCACCUCAUAAUUCUGGCCUUGUGAACUUGACAGACAGGUCCCGGUAUGGAACGUCUGACCUGACUAAUUCAUCGGCUGACCUGGACACGAACAGCGUUCUGAAUGACUCCAGCUCUGACGAGGAGUUCAAUGAGGUAGACAGCGAGAACGGCCUAAGCGUUAUGGAUCAUCCGGCGUCAGGCCUGACUGCAGAGCAGCUGAUGGGCUCUGACGGCAACAAACUGUUAGAGACCAAGGGGAUUCCGUUCAGAAGGUUCAUGAAUCGGUUCCAGUGUCCCUUUUGUCCUUUCCUCACCAUGCAUCGGCGCAGCAUUUCCCGCCACAUAGAAAACAUCCACUUGUCUGGAAAGACCGCCGUCUACAAAUGUGAUGAGUGUCCAUUUACUUGCAAGAGCUCUUUGAAACUGGGGGCUCACAAACAGUGUCACACGGGUACGUCCGAUUGGGACGCCGUGAAUUCGCAGAGCGAGAGCCUCUCUUCCUCUCUGAACGAAGGUAUGGUCUCUUACGAGAGCGCUAGCAUCAACGGUAGGAAGUCAGGAGUCAUGCUGGAUCCCUUGCAGCAGCAGCAGCCACCACAGCCACCGCCGCCACCGCCGCCGCCACCGCCACCACCACCACCAUCCCAGCCGCCGCCGCCGCAGCUGCAGCCACCACACCAGGUGCCACCCCAGUCACAGCCACCACCGACGCAGCAGCCACAGCCACCCACACAGGUCCCACCGUUGCACCCUUAUAAGUGCACCAUGUGUAGUUACUCCACCAUGACUCUAAAAGGGCUAAGAGUCCAUCAGCAACACAAGCACUCCUUCUGUGACAACUUGCCAAAAUUCGAGGGGCAGCCUUCAAGCCUACCACUGGAAAACGAGACAGAGAGCCACCCCUCUUCCAGCAACACUGUGAAGAAAAGUCAGACCUCAAUUCUUGGGUUGUCCUCCAAGAAUAACUUUGUAGCUAAGGCCUCUAGGAAGCUGGCGAAUGACUUUCCUCUUGAUUUGUCGCCCGUGAAGAAGCGGACGAGGAUUGACGAGAUAGCGAGCAACCUGCAGAGCAAAAUCAACCAAACCAAACUGCAGGAGGACGCAAUCAUCAAUGUCGAGGACGAUGAGGAGGAAGAGGAUGACAAUGAAGUAGAGAUAGAGGUUGAGCUAGACAGGGAAGAGGAGCCAGCAGAACCCAUCCUGGAGGUUCCUGCUUCCUUUGCAGCCCAACAGAUUUGGGCCAGAGACACCAGUGAGUCCCAGAAGGAGCCCAGCUACAGAAGUAUCACCCAUGAUUAUAAUGCCACCAAUGGGGCCGAGAUUGAACUCACGCUUUCUGAAGAUGAAGAGGACUAUUACGGCUCUUCAACAAGCUUGAAAGAUCACCAAGUGUCCAACGCAGCCCUGCUGAACACUCAACCCCCUAUCUAUGGGACGGAACACAACAGUGAAAAUACAGAUUUCGGUGACUCUGGAAGGCUUUACUAUUGUAAACACUGUGACUUUAAUAACAAAUCUGCCCGGAGUGUUAGCACACACUACCAGCGAAUGCACCCCUACAUUAAGUUUAGCUUUAGGUAUAUCUUGGAUCCCAAUGACCACAGCGCAGUGUACAGGUGCCUGGAAUGCUACAUUGACUACACCAACUUUGAAGACCUCCAGCAGCAUUAUGGUGAGCAUCACCCAGAGGCCAUGAAUGUACUCAAUUUUGACCAUUCGGACCUGAUCUACCGAUGUCGCUUUUGUUCUUACACAAGCCCAAAUGUCAGGAGCCUGAUGCCACAUUACCAAAGAAUGCAUCCCACAGUCAAAAUCAACAACGCCAUGAUCUUUUCAAGCUAUGUCGUCGAGCAGCAGGAAGGGCUGAAUGCUGAGUCCCAGACCCUGCGGGAGAUUCUGAAUUCGGCUCCCAAGAGCAUGGCGACAUCCACUCCCGUGGCUCGUGGUGGUGGUGGUAUGCCCGCUGCAUUUAACAAAAACACUCCUCCCAAGACUUUUACUCCAGAAUGUGAAAACCAGAAGGACCCUUCAGUCAACACGGUGGUCGUUUACGAUUGCGAUGUUUGCUCGUUUGCAAGCCCCAACAUGCACUCUGUCUUGGUUCACUAUCAGAAGAAACACCCUGAAGAAAAGGCCUCGUACUUUAGGAUCCAGAAAACCAUGCGCAUGGUGUCUGUGGACAGAGGCUCUGCCCUUUCCCAAUUAUCAUUUGAGGUGGGUGCUCCAUUGUCUCCCAAAAUGUCCAACAUGGGUUCCCCACCCCCCCCACAGCCCCCACCACCAGACCUCAGCAUUGAGCUUUACUACUGCAAACACUGCUCCUACAGCAACCGAUCGGUUGUGGGGGUGCUUGUCCACUACCAGAAAAGACACCCAGAAAUCAAGGUCACUGCCAAAUAUAUCAGACAGGCCCCCCCCACAGCAGCAAUGCUGAGAGGGACCGAAGGGCUCCAAGAUUCCCCUCGGCCUCCUGUCCCCAUGCAGCUCAACCGGAGCAGCUCUGAGGGAGAAUGCCCUCCCGUGGAGACGGAGAUGUUCUUUUGCCAGCACUGUGAUUAUGGGAACCGGACGGUCAAAGGUGUCCUCAUUCAUUAUCAGAAGAAGCACCGGGACUUCAAGGCCAAUGCAGAUGUCAUCCGGCAGCACACGGCCACCAUCAGAAGCCUCUGUGACCGAAACCAGAAGACUGCCAGUUGUGUGCUUCUCCCGGCUUCUGGUAUGGAGCGGGACAAGACAAAACUUAGAGCGCUUAAAUGCAGGCAGUGCUCGUAUACCUCCCCCUAUUUCUAUGCCCUGAGGAAGCAUAUCAAGAAAGACCACCCUGCCCUGAAGGCCACCGUCACGUCCAUCAUGCGAUGGGCGUUCCUGGAUGGCUUGAUAGAAGCUGGCUACCACUGUGAGUGGUGCAUCUACUCCCACAUGGAGCCCAGUGGCUUGCUCCUGCAUUAUCAAAGGAGGCACCCGGAGCACUAUGUAGAUUACACCUACAUGGCUACCAAACUCUGGGCUGGGCCAGACCCAUCCUCUCCCACACUCACCAUGCCAGCUGAAGCCAAAACUUACAGGUGUAGGGACUGUGUUUUUGAAGCUGUCUCCAUCUGGGACAUCACCAAUCAUUACCAAGCCUUCCACCCCUGGGCCAUGAACGGUGACGAGUCCGUGCUGCUGGAUAUCAUCAAGGAGAAAGAUGGCGUGGACAAGGCCAUCCUUGCACCCGAGGAGUUAAUAGGCCCCGUGAAUUGUGAAAACAGCCUGCCCACCCCCCUCCCUGAGCAGGAAGCCGAGUGCCCAGAGGAUGUAAGACUUUCCCCAGAGAAAAGCAUUCAUCUGGCUUCAGCGAACCCCGCCAUCUCUUCCACCCCGUACCAGUGCACUGUGUGCCAGUCUGAGUACAACAACCUGCACGGCCUCCUCACCCACUAUGGGAAGAAGCAUCCAGGCAUGAAAGUGAAGGCUGCUGAUUUCGCACAGGAUAUCGACAUCAACCCAGGGGCGGUCUACAAAUGCAGGCAUUGUCCAUACAUCAACACUCGCAUCCACGGCGUCCUAACCCACUACCAGAAGCGACACCCAGCCAUCAAGGUGACCGCCGAGGACUUUGUGCACGAUGUGGAGCAGUCUGCCGACAUAACCCAGAAUGACGUGGAGGAGACGAGCAGGAUUUUCAAACAAGGGUACGGUGCCUACCGGUGUAAGCUGUGUCCAUACACACACGGCACGCUGGAGAAGCUCAAAAUCCACUAUGAGAAGUACCACAACCAGCCUGAGUUUGACGUCUUUUCCCCAUCUCCCCCAAAGCUGCCUGUCUCCCUGGAGCCUGAGAUAACCACUGAAGUGAGCCCCUCCCAGGUCUCAGUGACGGAGGAGGAGGUGGGAGAGGAUCCCAUGUCUACUUCUCACUUCUCUACCUCGCAUCUGGUCUCCCACACUGUGUUCCGGUGCCAACUCUGCAAGUACUUCUGUUCCACAAGGAAGGGCAUUGCCAGGCACUACCGGAUCAAGCACAAUAAUGUCCGUGCCCAGCCCGAGGGCAAGAACAAUCUCUUCAAGUGUGCCCUGUGUGCCUACACCAAUCCCAUCCGCAAGGGACUGGCAGCCCACUACCAGAAGCGCCACGACAUUGAUGCGUAUUACACCCACUGCCUUGCGGCCUCCAGGACCAUCAGCGACAAACCCAACAAGGUGAUCAUCCCAUCCCCACCCAAAGACGACUCCCCUCAGCUGAGCGAGGAGCUGCGGCGGGCCGUGGAGAAGAAAAAGUGCUCCUUAUGCUCCUUCCAGUCUUUUAGCAAGAAAGGCAUCGUGUCCCAUUAUAUGAAGCGCCACCCAGGGGUGUUCCCAAAGAAGCAACACGCCAGCAAGCUGGGGGGCUACUUCACGGCUGUCUAUGCAGACGAACACGAGAAACCCCCACUGAUGGAAGAAGAAGAGAGAGGCGGCUUGGAGAGAACCGAGAUGGAGGGCGAAGCUCAGGACGUCGAGUGGCUCCCGUUCCGCUGCAUCAAAUGCUUCAAGCUGUCCUUCAGCACGGCCGAGUUGCUGUGCAUGCAUUACACAGACCACCACAGCCGGGACCUCAAGAGGGACUUCGUCAUCCUCGGCAGCGGUCCCCGCUUCCAGAACUCCACCUUCCAGUGUAAGCACUGCGAUAGCAAAUUGCAAAGCACAGCCGAGCUGACCUCACACUUGAACGUUCACAAUGAGGAAUUCCAGAAGCGUGCCAAACGUCAGGAGAGGAGGAAACAGCUUUUGAGCAAGCAGAAAUAUGCAGAUGGUGCUUUUGCAGAUUUCAAACAAGAGAGGCCUUUCGGUCACUUAGAAGAGGUGCCAAAGAUCAAGGAGAGGAAAGUGGUGGGCUACAAGUGUAAAUUCUGCGUGGAAGUGCACCCAACGCUUCGAGCCAUCUGCAACCACCUCCGGAAGCAUGUCCAGUAUGGCAAUGUCCCAUCUGUGUCGGCUGCCGUGAAGCAGGAGGCUGAGGACCCUUCCCACUUAUUCCUGGAUGGAGUGGAAGCAGCCAGAGACGACAGUGGCACCCUGGUGGGCCGGGUGGAUGGUGGACACUGCUUGCUUGAUGGAAUGUUGGAGGAUGAAACCCGCCCGGGGGGAUACCAUUGCAGUCAAUGUGACCGAGUCCUGAUGUCCAUGCAGGGGCUGCGUUCUCAUGAGAGGAGCCACCUGGCCCUGGCCAUGUUCACCCGCGAGGACAAGUACAGCUGCCAGUAUUGCUCCUUUGUUUCUGCUUUCCGACACAACUUGGAUCGCCACAUGCAGACCCAUCACGGACACCACAAACCAUUCCGCUGCAAGCUCUGCUCGUUCAAGUCCUCCUACAACAGUCGGCUAAAGACACACAUCCUCAAAGCCCAUGCUGGUGAACACGCCUACAAGUGUUCUUGGUGCUCCUUUUCCACCAUGACAAUCAGCCAGCUGAAGGAACACUCCCUCAAGGUUCACGGGAAAGCCCUGACCCUUCCCAGGCCACGGAUUGUCAGUCUCCUGUCCUCACACGCCCACCACUCCUCUCAAAAGGCGACCCCCACCGAGGAAGUGGAAGACUCCAAUGACUCCUCUUACUCGGAGCCCCCCGAUGUUCAGCAACAGUUGAAUCACUACCAGUCGGCUGCCCUGGCAAGAAACAAUAGCCGUGUUAGCCCCGUGCCUUCUUCUGGGACUGCCACUGGCACGGAGCAGAAGGCAGAAGCCGUUCUUCACUGCGAAUUCUGUGAAUUCUCCUCGGGCUACAUCCAGAGCAUCAGGCGCCAUUACCGGGACAAACACGGAGGGAAGAAGCUAUUCAAGUGCAAAGACUGCUCCUUUUAUACAGGCUUUAAAUCUGCUUUUACUAUGCACGUGGAAGCUGGGCAUUCUGCGGUCCCAGAGGAAGGCCCCAAAGAUCUCCGCUGCCCUCUCUGCCUCUAUCACACCAAAUACAAACGCAACAUGAUCGACCACAUCGUGCUGCACCGAGAAGAGCGCGUUGUCCCCAUUGAAGUGUGCCGUUCCAAACUGUCAAAAUACUUGCAGGGAGUUGUUUUCCGCUGUGAUAAAUGUACCUUCACCUGCUCCAGUGACGAGAGCCUGCAGCAACACAUAGAAAAGCACAAUGAACUGAAACCUUACAAAUGCCAGCUCUGCUACUAUGAGACCAAGCACACGGAAGAACUGGACAGUCACCUCCGGGAUGAGCAUAAGGUCAGCCGGAACUUCGAGCUGGUUGGACGGGUUAACUUGGAUCAGCUGGAACAGAUGAAGGAGAAGAUGGAGAGUUCCAGCAGCGACGACGAGGACAAGGAUGACGAAAUGAGCAGCAAGGCUGAAGACAGAGAGCUGAUGAGAUUUUCUGACCGCGGGACUGGUGUGAACACGGAGAAGCGAUUUCCAUGUGAAUUCUGUGGACGGGCGUUCUCUCAGGGCUCUGAAUGGGAACGACAUGUGUUGAGACACGGCCUGGCAUUGCACGACACCAACCAAGUGAGCAGAGACGAAGUCCAUACAAAAGAGAUGGUAGACGAUAGUAUGCAGCUGCCCUCCAUAGAGGCGAAGGAAGACGACGAGCCAAUCGGGAUAGACUUUUCCCUAAAGAGUGAAACCGUAGCCAUCUGUGUAGUAGCUGCCGACAAAUCUCUCCUGGAGGAUGCAGAGGCCAAAAGCGAAUGAGAGUUUGGUGAAAUUCUUCUUAUCAAACCUUACUUGAACCGUGAUGAAAAUGUGGGCGGGCCGGCGUGGGCUGAGAAGGGAGGGGACAGAGAAGAGAGAACAAAGCUGCUCUUAGGACUAAACAAUCUAUUUUCAAAGCACUGGUAGCUGUGUGAGUGAGUAUGUAAAUUAAAGUUAUUUAAACGAUCGGAAUACGUGGCUCCUGUCCCGUCCCUACAUCCUUCUUCCCGGAUCUUCACCACGGAAGUUUUCGUCGGCUGCGGUUUGGGAAGUACCUUCCACGGACACGGCGGGCGCUCUCCGUGACCCUCUCGGACAGUGUGUGGCAAACCGAAGCUCGGGGACAGUAGAAGACUUCGAGGGGAACAACUUUGUGGGUGCACAACUUUCCGUGCGUUUUUCUAGUUUUAAUACCUUAAGCUUUUUUUUUUCAAGACCUAACUGCAGCCGCUUUGGGAGAAGAAAUAAUAAAUAAUAAUAAUAACAGAACAGAAAAAAAAAACUGCUCUGCAUACAAGAGUCACCUGUUUCCUAGUACCUCAGACUUAACCAAGGGAAGUCUCCGUGUUUUUCUGUACUACCUGUCGCCCUUGUGGGUUAACUGUAGGGAGAGCUGCUGGACAGGAUGGUGAACGGAGGGGAAAGAGAAAGACUUUUAAAGAAAGGAACACAAAUUGUGCUUAAAAUCCCCACGCGGGUUUUAUUUCUUAAAAUACUGUGAUUUUUUUAAUUAUUUUAGUAAAAAACAAAACAAACAAACAAAAAAAAAAAAGAGAGAAACAGACUUUAAUGGCUAGGUAGGUGUGUGUGAACUGUCACCCCGUACUCCAGGUAAGCCGUUUCUUAGUGUUCAGCUAUAAUUUAGAAUUUGGUAGGGUUCGUGUGAACUAAUUUUAAGGUGAUUGUGGGGUUUCGUUGGCCACAUGUUUAUUUCCUCUUGGUCUGAGUGUUACGAACACAGCACAAAUUCGGUUGUUCUUUUUCCAUGUGAGUUGUCCUUUGUGUGUCUGUGGUUGUUCUCAUUGGAGGUCGAUGGAGCGGUAGAGGAUUUUUGUGUGUGUGCGUGUGUGCAUAGGAAUUUUUUUUAUAAUUUUAAUACAAAGAGGUCAACGUCCCUUGUUGUUGUUGCUGUUUUGUUUUUCUUUUGUUUUUAAUUUAAAGAACCAACCUCCCGGCGCAGCUAUGCAGCGCGUGGGCCAGACAAAGAGGUCCUCUCGCCCUUUCGCUCCUUCUCGAACGAACACGUCAUCUGUCUCACACCAACAAUCUCUCUUCGACUGGGGCUGGCUUUCGUGUGUGAUUUGAACUCUGUUUUGUUUGCUUUCUGCAUUGCGAGGUUUUCUCGUUUCUUGGGGGAGCCAUCCUUUCACGAGCACGGGCAAGAGAUGGCAUAUCCUACAGGGAGCCUGAAGAAGGGCUUUUCUCUUUCCAUCUAGCUGGUCUGUUUCCCCACAUAAGCUUUUCUCUCUCUUUCCUUCUUUCUUUCUUUCUUUCUUUCUUUCUUUCUUUCUUUCUUUCUUUCUUUCCUUUCUUGUCAUUUGGCUAGGGCAUCUUAGACUAAACUCAAGUCUACAUUUAUAGUAUGUUCUAAUUGUGAACAAGGGGUUUCGUUCCAAAAAGUAUAGAAGAGCUUUCUUGAAGCUUAGGUUUUAGGGGUGUGUGUGUGUGUGUGUGUGUGUGUGUGUGUGUGUGUGCAUAAGUACACAUGUGUGAUGAAUGUGUGUCGGCGAAUGUAUGUCCUUUGGUUACUAUGUUCCUUCUUUUGUUUUUGUUGUUGGUUUUUUGUUUUUGUUUUUUUAACUUGGAAGGGUUGAUGGGUUGGGGGGCGGGCCAGAAGGGAUGAGGGACUACUGGGAUGACAGUGUCCCACAUAGCUUCAAAUAAAAUCCAUGGAAAGAUGUCGAACUUGUGAAGUAAGUACUUACUUGAAAAGCAUGUUUUUGUUUUUGUUUUGUUUUGUUUUAAUUUUUCGGCUUUUUUUUUUUGCUAUUAAAAAUUUUUAUUUGUAGGGUGUUAAUUUAAUGUUUUUUAGGGAUGGGGGGGCCAUCAUAUGGAAAGCAAAAAAGGGGGAAAGUGUGAAAUAUCUAGACAAAGAUUCUUUUGUGUCCUUACUUGUUUUUGAUUGGCCUCAUUUCCAAUGUACUAAACAGUUUCAUGCCUGGAUUGGAUGUUUGCGAUGAUUACCAAAAACAAACAAACAAAACAACGAAAGAAAAAAAGAGAAAAUAAUUGUGACAUGCUUUUAUCACUACUUUAUUUUUCAAAUAACAUGUAAAUAUUGUAAUCCAUUGGAUUUUGUUUUGCUAACCUGUUAAUAAAAAUAUGGGACCAUUAUCCUUUUAACAAGGCUAGAAUGUCAUUUUUUUUUCCCCUUUUCCAUACAUAUACCUGAUGUUUUGUGGCCACACAUUUUUGGAUGCAUUCUGUUUCUGUUGACUGUAAUGACAUGGAAUUUACAACAUUUUUUUGUUGUUUAAUUUAUACAGAGGACAUUUUUUUUCAGAGCUUGAGAGAAGAAAAUAAAUAGCAAAAUGAUAACCUAUUGACUCCAAUAAUCAGUGUUUCCUGAAACUUGAUGAAGGACAAGAGGGAUCCUGACUCCUUGAAGCCAAGGGUUUAAACACACAAAAAAUGAAAAAUAAAAAAAAAUAAAAAUAAAAACCACAAGUAGGUUAUUCAAGUUGUUUGCAACAUACAUUUUGUAAUGAAAUGUGA